AUGGGGAGGAUAAAAAAGGUCGCAACAUCCAAGCAUGACGCGACUCUGUCUCCGUACAUCGCGGAGUUCAUCAAGGAGACGCUCGCGCUCCCGCUUCACAAGAUACCCGCUCACCUGAGCUCUUUCCCCCGGCGAUGGCCUUUCCCUCGUGGUGACCUAUAUCACUGGAUCCCCGUGCUGAACCGUUUCGACCGCGUGCUCGAGCUGUUCGUUGAGGAAUAUGCCUUGGCCAGCGGUCCUCAAACCCAACCUUUCGGCAGGCGUCUGCUGCUGAAGGGCGAUGCGGAGGAUGGCAAGCAGUCGCCGGAGUUGCUGCCCAGCGCUGCUGAUCUCGAUGCUGCUGGCUACACUGCGGAGGGCGAUCAGCAACUCCUUGAGGAUAUCCUGAGGUUCACCAAGUUGUUACUGGAGAACUGCGGAAACCGCAGCCUGUACGCUAGCAGCGAGCAUCUCAGCAAACUUCUAAACACUACCUCCAUCUCGCUGUUGAGGACGACUUUGCGUCUCACUCUCCGGCUUGCCCAACGCUAUCAUACCUCGCGUGUACGCAUGGGCUCGAGCGCCACCGUGCAAAACAGCCUCCUUCUCAGCCACUACAACAUCAACCUCGAUAACCUCCACAAGAUCGCAUUACCCUUCGCAAAGGGCUCCUCGCCGGCAUCUGGCAAGGGUAAGGACAAGCUUUCUCUUGGUCCGAGCGCCGAGGCUCCAUCAGACAAGAUGCAGGUGGCGGAUUUGGUGGGCAAGGUCAAGCUGGAAGAGAUUCCGCCUGCCCUUCGUGAGGAGUGGGCCAGCGUCUUCUUAGCCUACUACGAUACUACCAAGGACGAAGUCAGCAAGCCAGCACCGCAUGAACCGUUCGCUAGCCCUGGCGGGGCGCCAAGUACCCCGACGCCCUCGCCACGCACUCCCGUGACACCCAAUGCUCAGCAUGAUGCAGCUCGUCCUCCGGGUCCGAAGUUUUUGGAAAUCCCCUACCGGGAAAUCUCUUCUCAGCCUUGCUACGAAAUUAUGAGGAGCUAUGCCCACGACGUGCCUGAGGAGACCCGCUAUGAACUUCUCCAUCGCGUUCGUGUUGCGCACUCUCUUGCGUCUGAUAGGGCGGCACGCGAAAACAUCGUGGCCAUCCGGUUGCUUGCUAUUGCUAAUCUGGCUUACGUCCAUCCCGAGUCGACGUUCCAUCAGAAGAUCGGGCAGCAGGAUUCUGAUGAGCCUCGUCCACUUCAGCUUGCCUACCAGCUUGCCGAACUGAUUCACCCCCCUGCAGAUGGUCAACUCGGUGCCUCUAGAGAGCUCCAGACCACCGCCUUGUGUGCCUUGGAAGCGCUUACUAAGCACAAGAACAAGGGCGCCGAUUUGACAUCUGCACUCAGUCUUAACGUCAAUCACGGUGUUCUCUUCUACGUCGCUAGGAAAGCCGUCGCCGAACUUACGCGCGAUGAUGGACCCGGAGGCUCUUUAGAAGAUGACGAGUGGCGGGAAUCCCUGUUCACUUUGCUCACCAGCAUUCCGGGACAGGUCAACCGUAUGGGCGAGAGCAUGGUUGCGGCAGGUUUGUUCGAUAUCUUCGUAGAAGUGCUCACCCUUCGCACUCAGAGGUCCGAGCGCUACUACUCUCGCGUCUUGAGCUUCCUGGACACUUUCGCCUUCAAUCUUCGCGAUGCCUUCCAAGCAUUCGUGCAAGCCAAGGGUCUCGAUGCUAUCGCUGAUCUCGCUGGACAUGAGGUUGAGAGUGCUUUCACACGAGCCGAGCGGGGCGAGGGUAUGCCCGAUCAAUACAAGACCCAGCACACGGACUAUAAGAUCGCAUACUACCCCCAGCAGACCCUUCGCUGGCUCUUCAAAUUCAUUAGCCACAUGAUGACUCAUGGAGGCGGCGGUAUCGAUCGGUUGCUUCGGAAUUUGAUGGACUCUCCGCGACUUCUGGCAGGCCUCCGUACAGUCUUGGCCGAGGCACCCAUCUUCGGCAGCACUGUGUGGAGUAUGACCGUCAAUAUCCUCGCCAAUUUCAUUCACCACGAGCCUACUAGCUACGCCAUCAUCGCCGAGGCUGGAUUGAGCAAGACUUUCUUGGAAACUGUCACGCAGAAGCCGAUUGAAGAGAAAGCUCCUGAGUCGACCACCGAGAGUGUGACUGAAACGCCCUCACAGUCAGAUAUUCCUGUCGCCAAAGAGGAGGCUCCAAAAGAUAAAGAUUCCAAGGCCGCGACCACCGGUAUUCUUCCAGUUGCUGAAGCAAUCGCUGCAGUUCCUCCUGCUUUCGGCGCCAUCUGCCUGACUGAGGCGGGUCUCAACCUCUUCAAGAAUUCAACCGCCCUUGAGAGCUUUUUCGAGGUCUUCACCAGCUCUGCACACGUGAAGGCAAUCGAAGUGGACUCAGAGACGACGCAGCAGCUUGGUACUUCCUUCGACGAGCUCGUUCGCCACCACCCGCCGCUCAAGCAGGCCAUCCUUGCGUCGGUUAAGAAGAUGGUUGCAAGGGUUGGUAAGCUCUGCUUCGAGAGGGCACAGCAGAAGGGUGUCGGUUCCAAGCUCUGGGUUGAGAGUAGCGAAGCUUCUGCACAAGCUUCGAAUGUCGACGUCUCCAUAGAUGACGUGGUAGAGCAUGAAGACCCUAAGGACGGCCCUACCACCACCCAGUUCAUCACUGCAGCUUGCAAGUUUCUGGAAGGUUUUUUCAUCAACGAAUCCCUUUGCUCAGCAUUCAUUGAGGAAGGAGGCCUCGAGUUCGUCCUUGACUUCGGGACUCUACCAUGCCUACCGUACAAUUUCAACGAGUGGUUUGCUGUGGGAGAGGAGUUCAGCCGCGUCAUUCAACUCAUCGUCGAUCAGAAGCCCCAUCUUGCGCUACCUUCUCUAAUCAGGCGGUUCCAAGCUGCUUGUGACGAGCUCGAGCCCUUCAUGCGCAAUGAUCGCCAGUCUGCUUAUCUUGCGGUUUUCACUAGCAAAAAUGCUGGUGUGGACCCCGACCCUACCGUCGUCGCUAAUGGCACUCGAUUUGCAAAGGCGCUCGUUGUAGUCCUCACCCUGGCCAAUGCGCUCUCCAUGACAUUCGAAGGCUCAAUGUUCAACCACCGUUCGAGCCACAACAUUUUCUCCUUGGUCAACAUGGGCGACAUGUACGCUCACCUGAUUGAUAGCCUCGGAAGGCUUCAGAGGUGUUGCGUGUGGGAGGAGAUUCUUCUUCAGAAGGAAAUCCCCUCCGACUGGGAGAAGAGCACAAGAGUCAAGAGCAGUGGCUUUAGCACGGACGAAGCGAACAACAUCCUCCGCUUGACAGACCCGCACCACCCAGAAGAGCCCAGUGAGACGGCGACUACAGACGCAUCUGGUCAACAGCCUAGUGGAGCCAACAGCGGCGAGAGCGGUACAUCGCAGGCUGGUACAUCUCUGGACAAGUCGUCAGCUCAGUACAAGAACACGAAGAUUCUGCGUUAUCUACUCAGCCAAGUCCCGACUGCCAUCACUCCGUUUUUGCAGGCAUUGGGCAGAUGCCUUCUCUUCAGGAGGACUCAGGAGCAGUGGCAGAAGCAGAAUGCUUUUGUUGUCGCAGACCAACUCGCCAAACUCGCCAUGGAUCAACUUAGUUACGAGCUGCCAAAGAAGAGUGCGGAUGCGAAGGACCGCUACGCGUAUUGGAUUGUCAUUCUGACUUCCAUUUCUCAAAUUCUCAUGGAAGGAAGCAUGGAUCGUAGUCCUCCACACAUGCUAACUCUGAUCCUCGCCUCUUUCCAAACCCAAGGCGGCCUCGAUCAAUUGAGCGAAAUACUCGACUCGUUCUUCGAUGAGGCGAAGGGAAUUAUUGAGAAGAACGACAGCCAGGAGCUUCCGGAAGAUGUACAAGGGCUGAUGAAUUUGGCACUCGGCGGCAUCAAGAUCAUCUUGACUUUGUAUGCCAACAUGGUCAACCCGAAAUGCGUGAUAGACGCGCAUCAGACCAAUGCCAUGAACACGCGCGACCGAAACCGGCCAAAGGGCGAUUCCUUCUUCCCCUCACAGUUCCUAGUCGAGUUACGUAUGGCCGUCAUCAAGCCGGUUGAGAAGAUAUGGAAUUCGGAGCUUAUGAACAAGGCUACAACGUCCAUCGUCAAGAAUCUGGUCGAGAUUCUCCGGAUCGUCCUUGAUAGCGAGGGUGAGAGCGAAGCGUACAAACGCGCUGACACUCCUCCAGCUCGGCUGAGGUUCACCUACAAGCCGUGGAAGGCGCGCACCUUCGAGCAUGUGGAAAAUCUCAAGCGUGACGGCUUCGAAGAAGACCUGGCAAAGGAGGCGCAAUACCGCUCUUACGACAACGCAACCUACGCCAGAGAGUAUUGCAACGCAGCAAAGAACGAUCCUCGAUUCGAGAGGAAUUUCGUGCCUCCUUAUGAAACCGAGCUCCUCAAACAGACUGGCCAGACUCCAUCGGCUUCUACUACUCCUCGGUUGACAGCCGAGAGUGAGGACGAGUCUGAAGAACCCGGUUCUAAGUCUGUCGUCAUGUCUGACGCCCAGCCCAUUUCGACGGACCCCGUCACUUCUGCCAGUACUGCCGAUAGUUCAGUAUACAUUCCCCACGCUAUUCAAAACUCUGCGUGGGGUCGUGGAACCUCAGCAAGUGAUGCUGGAAGCGCCGAGUACAUCCGGGUUGAAGAUCUUGAGGACGCGAGAUCCGAGAUUCGAAAGAACGUCAUCGACCGCGCAUUGGAAGUCGUUGAUGUCCACGAAGAUGUCACCUUCGAGCUUGCGGAUUUGAUAUCUGCAGCUGUCGCUAAGUCGUCUGAGGCUUCUAGCAUGCGGACCGAAAUCGGCGAGACCCUUGUCAAUGCGCUCAUAUCCUUGCAAUCUGAGGAAGAUCUAAGGCCCAUAGGCAAGAAGAUUGCAUCAUACGCUCACCUUCUUGCUCUCAUCCUCCAAGAACGCGAAUUUUACAAAGCGACUCUGCCUCAGUUGAAGGAAUUCUUCUCUUCGUUGCUUGGAUUCAUCAAAACAUCUCCAGAACAGCGUGCAGAGGAGUCGUCGCCUUGGAUUGGCCACGUAUUGCUUAUCAUCGAGCGCAUGCUUGCCGACGAUGCUCAACCCCCACAGAUCCAAUGGACUCCUCCGCGAGAUGAUGAUGCUGAGGACUUGACACUCCCUGCCAUCGAGCUCCCCGAGCCGGUUGUGCCCAUGGAUGACAAGCACGAACUGUUCAACGCCAUUGUCGAAGUCCUACCCCGCAUCGGCAAGGACGAGUCUCUAGCACUCUCGGUCGCUCGCGUGCUCGUCAUUCUUACCAGGCAUAGACCGCUUGCUACAAAGCUGGGAGAGAAGCGUAAUCUGCAGCGCUUGUUUGUCAUGGUGAAGCAGCUUAGCGGCAUUACCAAUGAACGGUUGCAGAGCUCAUUCAUGUUGAUUUUGCGUCACAUUGUUGAAGACGAGGAGACCAUUAGGUUGAUCAUGAGGACCGAGAUCAAGGCGCUGUUCAAGGAGAAGGGCAACCGUCCUCGGAACGGCCCUCAGCAGAUGGAUACUACCGCCUACGUUCGAGCUCUCUGGAGUCUUGCCAACCGCAGUCCUGAGAUUUUCGUGGAGGUCACCAACGAGAAGCUGAGGCUAACUAGCUAUGCUCGGGAAUCACGUAGUCAGAAUUUCCUCGAGCUCAAGGAGGAAGAGGCUCCUGCGGAGAAGAAGCCGGACGAGAAAGUUAGCGCGGAGGGCGAGCAGCCCGCUGACUCUUCAAAGACUGCUGAGACUGUCAAGCCCUCUACUGAAGUGGAAGCCAAGGGAGAGCCGGAAAAGACAAAGCCUGCCGACACUAAGCCUCCGGUCAUCUCGAACCCAGACGGUGUUAUUCAUUACCUUCUCUGUGAACUUCUCACCUACAAGGAUGUAGACGACAAGGAACCUACUCCCACACCUGCAGAGCAGCCGAAGGACACUUCUGCCGGCGACGUAGAGAUGACGGACACUGCAGAUCGUACUACUCCCGCAACUCCAGGUAGCACCGCAUCUACCCCAGUUCCCGCUCCCGAGCAGCAACAGAAGAAGAAUGAGAAGCCAACGUUCAAGGCUGAUCAAAACCCUAUCUUCAUUUACCGCUGCUUCAUCCUCCAGUGCUUGACGGAGCUUCUGACGUCUUACAACAAGACCAAGGUGGAGUUUGUCACAUUUUCGCGCCAAGCUGAUCCUCAAGCCAUGACCCCAUCAAAGCCGCGUUCGACUGUUCUCAGGUAUAUGCUUGAGAAUCUCGUUCCCGUGGGUACUCUGGCACAUGCAGAAGACAUCUCUUUCAAGAAGAAAUGCGCUACCUCCAACUGGGCCAUUUCUGUCAUUGUAGCCUUGUGCCAGAAGACAGGCGAGCGCCGGUCCGCCAAAAGUCGCGAUGCAAAGGAGGAAGAUGAGCCGGAGCUGCUCUUUGUCCGCAAGUUCGUUCUCGAACAUGCUUUGAAGGCUUUCAAGGAUGCCAACGCCUCCUCAGAGUCGUUGGAUAUGAAGUACUCCCGCCUGCUCAACCUUGCGGACCUUUUCCAUCGCAUGCUUUAUGGCAAGUCCACGAACAACUCCAACAGCUUUCCCGUCGACAUGGUUAUGGUCUCUCAGAAGCAACUGGCGAGAAUCAUGUAUGAGAAGAACUUCAUUACCACCUUGACGACCGCCAUUGCCGACAUCGACCUCAACUUCCCUAACGCCAAGCGGGCUGUCAAGUACAUCCUCCGUCCGAUCAAGCUCCUCACACAGACUGCUAUCGAACUCAGUCUAAAUGCCGAGAUCUCGGGUGCUCCGGGUCAAGCUGACGAAGACGAGAUCUCCACGGCAUCAUCAGUGUCAGACAUGGACGAGUUCCGCGAGGAAACCCCGGAUCUCUUCCGCAACUCCACUCUUGCCAUGUUCGAUCCUAGCAGAGAUGAGGAAACAGAGUCCGAAGAAUCUGAUGAAGAUGAUGAUGAGGACAUGUACGGUGAUGAGUAUGGCGACGAGAUGGAGUACGAGGAAGAUAUGGAGCACGAUGGCGAGGACGUGGUCAGCGACGAAGACGAAGAGAUCGAGGGCAUGGGCGAUAUCGAGGGUCUGCCUGGCGACGUCGGCGAUGAUGUGGAAAUUGUCAUUGAGGGUGAAGAUGGAGACGACAUGUCCGAAGAUGAUGACGAUUCGGCAGACAUGGACGAGGACGAUGACGAUCCCGAAGAUGACGAGGACAUCGAAGUCAUGGACGACAUGGACGAGUUGGACGAAGUCACGGGCGACAACAUCAAUGACAGCCUCAAUGGGGACGAGGAUGACGAAUGGGCGAGCGAAGACGAUGACGAAGGAGACGACUACGAUGAAGACGGUGCCGAUGAGGACCACGGUGCCGCCGGCGGUAUCGACAAUCUUGUCCGCAUUCUGGAUGGCCAGGGCGGCCCUGGCCUGCUAGAGCACCUCCAAGGCGACAUGAUGGAUAUGGAGCACGAGGGUUAUUUGGAUGACGAAAUGCAGGAGGAUGAAGAUGAGGAAGACGAGGAGGAAGACUACGACGAGGACGACAUCGCCUACGAGGCUGGACUUGAAGACGAUGAAGAUGGCAUUCCUGACCCUGCAUGGGGUUGGGGUGCUCCUCCAGAGUUCCGUGGGCACCAUCAUCACCACCAUCGUCAUGGUAUCAUCGGUGUCAACCCUUUCUCGUUUAUCCCGCCCGCUACGCUGGAUCGUCACCUGGUUCCUGCGUACCGAGCCCAUCGCCCGGCGGGAACUCAGCGUGGUGCAGACGAUGGCACGAAUCCUCUGCUUCAACGCUCUGGUCGUCCCUCUUCCGGUGCUGGCGGCGCUGGAGGUCGUCGUGCUGGUUCGAGUGACUGGGUUCAUGCCAUGGAUCCUAUGCGGCCCGGCCGUUUCCCCCCUGGUGGCGACACCCCUGUUUCCUUCAUCAGCAACCUUCUCAAUAUCAUGAGCCAUGGCUCAGCCACCAUUCAACAGGAUGGCAUCACGGUGACUGUGCAGGGUAUGUUCCCAGGCGACCCUGGCUUCCCUGAUGGUGCUUUCGACCCCUACACCCGUCGUGAUCGACGGGGCCAAGACAGUCACUCUCGUUCAUCUCGGGAUGACCCCGCUCAGGCGGUCUCCUUUGUGUCCGCCCUUACCACGGCGCGUUGGCAAGAGGAAGGCCGUCUCCUCUUCAACGGUCUUGCGGUCGAUAAGUCCCUUCGCCUUGUCAACUCCAUCCUCAGGUUGUUGGUUCCUCCCGCGAUCAAGGCUACUAAGGAAGCCGAGCGCAAGGAGCGUGAAGAGCGCGAGGCCCGGGAGAAAGAGCAGCGAGAGAAAGAAGAACGUGAACGUAAGGAGCGCGAGGAGCAGGAAGCUAGAGAGAGGGAGAAGAGAGAGAGAGAAGAGCGCGAAGCCGAGGAGGCUCGCCGCCUGGAAGCGGAGAGAAUAGCCCAGGAACAGCCUGCCGAAUCCACAACAGAGGACCAACAGAUGGCGGAUGUUGGGGCUUCCCAACCUGCAGCCGCUGCUGAGGGAGAAGCUACCGAAGGCGAAAGCUCACAAGCCCAGGACAGAGUUGUCGCCAACAUUCGUGGACGUCAAGUCGAUAUUACAGAUCUUGGUAUCGACUUGAGUUACCUCGAGGCUCUGCCUGAGGACUUGAGAGAAGAAGUCCUAAUGGGUCAGAUCCAGACUCAGCGCGAACAAGCUCGCACCCAAGGCAACGAGCCGUCGGACAUCAGCCGCGAGUUCCUUGAUGCCUUACCUGAAGAUAUCCGUGACGAACUUCUUGAACAAGAGGCUGUGGCCCGUCGUCGCCAAGAACGUACAGAGGAGAGGAAUCGUCAAGGCGGUGCACCACGUGCUGAAGAGAUGGACGUUGCUACUCUAUUCGCCUCCAUGGAUCCCGGUCUUCGUCAAGCUGUCCUUAUGGAGCAAGACGACGAAACUCUGCGCGAACUACCUGCGGAACUCGCUGAAGAAGCCCGCCGCUUGGGUGGAGACCGCCGCCUGAACCAUCAUAUGGCUGACAUUGGCCGUCUCAACCGCGGCGGCUACCGCCGCCAUGAUGGUGCCCCGCAGGAGGAGGAACAAGCUCAGAGGAAGCAAAAGCCUCGUCCCAUUGUUCAGAUGCUCGAAAAGUCCGGCGUUGCAACUCUACUUCGACUCAUGUUCAUUCCACAGCAGGGUAGCGCUCGCCAGACUCUCAACGGCAUCUUAAAGGAUGUUUGCCAGAACCGUCACAACCGCGCCGAGGUCAUCAGCAUUCUUCUGUCCAUUCUCCAGGACGGUUCCGCGGAUAUCAACGCUGUUGAGCGCAGCUUCGCUCAGUUAUCCCUUCGUGCCAAGCAGCCUCCGGCCCCACAGCCAUCUGGCAAUCAGAAGACUCCGCAACCUUUGAGGCGUUCGCUCACUGGUCCGCUCGCUGGUCAGCAGCUCUCCAGCCAUGGUGACAUGUCGCCAAUCAUGGUCGUCCAGCAGUGUCUGAGCACUCUCGUCUACCUGGUGUACAACAACCCACACAUCGCCUCUUUCUUCCUUGCAGAGCACGAGACGGCGGUGGGUUUCAAGUCCAAGGCUUACCGUAAGGGCAAGGCAAAGGAGAGCAAGGCUCACAAGUACCCACUGAAUGCUCUGCUUAGCUUGCUUGACCGUAAGCUUAUCGUUGAGAGCUCUUCGGUCAUGGAGCAGCUGGCCUCUUUGCUAAUGAACAUCACGAGCCCGCUUGGCAUCCUCCUCAAGAAGGACAAGGAAAAGAGUGAGGAGAAGAAGGAUGAGCCCGCUGAGGCUAGCACUUCUGCUCAACCAGCGGAGGGCACUGCCACUGAGACCGGUGAGACUGCCACGACGACCGAGCAGUCCACAACUCCGGCCGGAACCCCUGCGGCAUCUUCGACCGAAAAGAAGGACGAGAACAAGACCGAUGAUCAGUCCGAUGACAAGAAGAAGGCGCGUGGCCUUGUCCCGCCUGAGGUUCCUGAGUACAACCUUCGCCUCGUCGUCCACAUAUUGGCCGCCCGCGAAUGUAGUAGCAAGACGUUCCAGAACACGUUGUCGGUCAUCAACAACCUCUCUGCUAUUCCAGGUGCCAAGGAGACUUUCGGAAAGGAGCUCAUCAAGCAGGGUCAGGACUUGGCUCAAUCGUGCCUUGAUGACCUGAACGAGCUCGUCUCCCAAAUCACCAAGGCCAAGACGGGUACCGAUGUGCAAGGCAUGGCUUUGUCUAAGUUCUCACCAGCCAGCUCUGACCAGACUAAGCUUCUCCGUGUGCUGACCGCAUUGGACUACCUCUUCGAUCCCAAGCGUUCGGAAACUCAAGACAAGCCUGCUUCCAGUGUUGCAGACGGCCUGCCUGCCGAGCAGAAGGCUGAUAUUCUCACCACGCUUUACGAGAACCCUACAUUCUCAUCCCUGUGGCACAAGCUCAGCGAAUGUCUGACAGUCAUCCGCGAGCGUACCAACAUGCUCAGCGUGGCUACGAUCCUAUUGCCGCUGAUCGAAGUGUUGAUGGUCGUUUGCAAGAACACCACUCUCAAGGAUGCGCCGCUUGCAAAGUUGCACGCCAGAGAAGUUGAGCUGUCGAGUCCACCGCCGGAGAACCGCAUGGAGAGCUUGUUCUUCAAGUUCACCGAGGAGCAUCGCAAGAUUCUCAACGAGCUCGUCCGCCAGAACCCCAAGCUUAUGAGUGGUUCAUUCUCGGUUCUCGUCAGGAACUCGAAGGUCCUGGAGUUUGACAACAAGCGCAACUUCUUCACUCGUCGCCUUCACUCUCGUGGUGCGGAGAUGCGCCACCCACACCCCACGCUUCAACUCUCUGUGCGCCGCGAGCACGUCUUCCUUGACUCGUUCAAGUCCCUUUACUUCAAGACUGGCGACGAGAUGAAGUACGGCAAGCUCAGCAUCCGCUUCCACGGUGAAGAGGGUGUUGAUGCUGGCGGUGUUACCCGUGAGUGGUUCCAGGUGCUUGCCCGCCAAAUGUUCAACCCCGACUACGCUCUCUUCAUCCCCGUUGCCUCGGACCGUACAACUUUCCACCCGAACCGUCUAAGUGCGAUCAACCAGGAGCAUCUUCUGUUCUUCAAGUUCAUUGGUCGUAUCAUCGGCAAGGCAUUGUAUGAGGGUCGCGUGCUUGACUGCCAUUUCAGCAGAGCCGUGUACAAGCGCAUCUUGGGCAAGCCUGUCAGCAUCAAGGACAUGGAAACUCUCGACCUGGACUACUACAAGUCCCUCCUGUGGAUGCUUGAGAACGACAUCACGGACAUCAUCACCGAGACUUUCUCGGUUGAGGCCGAAGAGUUUGGCGUUACGCAGACCAUCGAUCUCAUUCCGAAUGGUCGCAACAUCCCCGUGACCGAGGAUAACAAGCAGGAGUAUGUCCGCCUGAUGGUCGAGUACCGUUUGACCGGCUCCGUGCAGGACCAGCUUUCCGAAUUCCUUAAGGGCUUCCACGACAUCGUCCCGGCUGAGCUGAUCUCCAUCUUCAACGAGCAGGAGCUCGAGCUGCUCAUUUCCGGCCUGCCUGAGAUUGACGUGGACGACUGGAAGAACAACACCGAGUACCACAACUACACAGCAGCGUCGCCGCAGAUCCAGUGGUUCUGGCGUGCGGUGCGCUCGUUUGACAAGGAAGAGCGGGCGAAGCUGCUGCAGUUCGUGACCGGAACGUCCAAGGUGCCGCUCAACGGCUUCAAGGAGCUCGAAGGCAUGAACGGCUUCAGCCGGUUCAACAUCCACCGCGACUACGGCAGCAAGGAUCGCCUUCCCAGCUCGCACACGUGCUUCAACCAGCUGGACCUUCCCGAGUACGAGAGCUACGAGGCGCUCAGGCAGCAGCUUUACACGGCCAUGACGGCUGGUAGCGAGUACUUUGGCUUUGCUUGA